CUUGACAAAGUGGAAAUUGAAGCUCAAGAUGCUUCGAUUCCUGAAGAGGACCAAAGGGAACCUCAAGUUUCUGGGCAAGUUCUUCAGUGGCUACGCAGCCUGGGCUUAGAAAAGUACGAGGAUGCUUUUGUUCGAGAAGAAAUUGAUUGGGACACUUUACAAUGGCUCACAGAAGAGGAUUUGUUCAGCAUAGGCAUUGCUGCACUUGGUCCUCGAAAGAAGAUUGUACAUGCCCUUACUCAACUUAGAGAAGGGACUACUAGUCCUGGAAUUGAAGCACAACCAAGAAAAAGGAGCGCUAGUGGAGUUGAGACAGUCAAUGAUGCUUCGGAAGAACCAGUUGAUAAUAGUAAAACAGCUGCAAACAAGUUGAUUACAGAUUAUUUUCCAGGUUUUACUACUGCUAGGAAGCAAGUUUGCACCACCUCUGGAGAGCACCAAAGGGUAGAAAAACGUGGGUCAGGUUCUGGUCAUAAAGGUGGUGCGGCCAAAAAUCAUGUGACUACUCGGAAACUCAGGGAUAUUCCCUCGUGGUGUUGCAUACCAGGAACACCAUUUCGAGUGGAUGCUUUCAAAUAUCUUAGGCGGGAUUGUUCGCAUUGGUUUCUCACUCACUUUCACAUGGAUCAUUAUCAAGGUCUAACGAAGUCCUUCUGUCAUGGAAAGAUUUAUUGUUCUUCCAUCACAGCUAAGCUUGUAAAUAUGAAGAUUGGCAUUCCGUGGGACAAUAUAAAAGUUCUACCUCUCAACCAAAAAAUCAAUAUUGCUGGUAUUGAUGUGACCUGUUUGGAUGCAAACCACUGUCCUGGUUCUGUAAUUAUACUUUUUGAGCCACCCAACAGUAAGGCUGUUCUACAUACAGGGGACUUUCGGUUUAGUGAGAAUGCAGCAAGCAUGUCUUUUUUGCAAACAUGUUCUAUCCAUACUCUCAUCCUUGAUACCACUUAUUGUAACCCACAGUAUGACUUUCCAAAGCAGGAGGCUGUAAUACAGUUCGUCAUUGAUGCCAUUCAAGCCGAAACUUUCAACCCUAAAACUCUAUUUCUGAUUGGCAGCUAUACUAUUGGAAAGGAACGACUUUAUUUGGAGGUAGCUCGUGUGCUCCGGAAAAAAAUUUACAUCAACCCAGGAAAGCUGCAUAUUUUAAAAUGUCUGGAUUUUCCUGAGGAGGAUAUGCGAUGGUUUACAUUAAAUGAACAGGAAAGCCAAAUCCAUGUGGUGCCUAUGUGGACACUUGCAAGCUUCAAGCGACUGAAGCAUAUGUCCAAUCAAUAUGCGAGUCGAUUCAGCCUUAUUGUUGCUUUCUCUCCAACUGGUUGGACUUUUGGUAAAGGAAAGAAGAAGUCUCCAGGAAGAAGGUCGCAGCAGGGCACCAUUAUAAGGUAUGAGGUCCCAUACAGCGAGCAUUCCAGCUUUACAGAACUCAAAGAGUUUGUGAAACUUAUAUCUCCAGCUGACAUAAUACCGAGCGUGAACAAUCAUGGACCAGACUCUGCCAAGGCUAUGAUUUCUCUUUUAUCAUCUGAAUCACAGGCUUAAAUUUGUAAUCUCCUAAUAAACGUUUACAUGCUGAAUUGGCACGUGUAAAUGGUGGGCUUAGGUUCUUGUUCGACAGGAGGCCAACUUGCAAGAGUAGUGUUAGUUCUGGUCUUCUAGAGGUGGUCAUUUUGAGGAUGAAACUUCAUGCUUGCAUAGCUAAAUUUCUAAUCUCCUGACUAGCUGCCUUUGCUUAUUUGAGGACUAAUCUUCCUAUUCUUAUAUAGACGAGCCUGGUCACAUUCAGGAAUAAAGAUUCGGAUUGUCCAGUGCAAUAUAAAGAAAAAUGCUACUGGCAAUAACACAUUUCUUAUAAAGAAAUGUUAUUGAUAGUCGCACAUGUGUGUAUGGAUGGUUGUUAGCUGUCGGUGAAAGUGUGUUCCCAUAACCCAUCAACGGCUAAUCACCAUGCGUACGCAGAUGACUGUCCCUACUAUGACUCCAGUAAAAUAGGUGAGAUAUACUGUUUUCUUGUAUUUCACGUUUGAAUUGUAUUAGAGAUGGAGACGCAGUACCAAAAGAAUUGAUCAGUAUUACUGCCCCAAUUGACAGGACAUGUAAUGUGGUUAUCCAAUCCAA